CCCUCAGUCGGUCGGGAUUUCGGAACCACGGGAGAAUCACCGGAAAGGGUUUUGGUGAUAAAACAGCACAUUUUGGAAGGAGAUACCACAUUAUAUGGUUACAUAAACACACAACGAGCUACUUUAUCCGGUAUUUCACGAUGGAAACUGAACUAUGAGGUGUUGUGUAGUGCAGAAGACUGAGUGAACCAUGGCACAGUUCCCCACCACAUUCACAGGUCCAGAUGUGUUUCUGAUCUCGGUGGAUGAGAGAGCCAAACAUGAUCAGCAGUUUCUCAGCCUCUCUCCGACUGCCGGGGGUUACAUCACAGGCGACCAAGCCAGGAACUUCUUCCUUCAAUCAGGGCUGCCCCCUCCCAUCCUGGCCCAAAUCUGGGCUCUGGCUGAUAUGAACAGCGAUGGUCGUAUGGACAUUCACGAGUUCUCCAUCGCCAUGAAACUCAUCAAAUUGAAACUCCAGGGUCACCCUCUGCCCCCCGCGCUCCCUCCCAGUAUGAAACAACCCCCACUGACUUUACCCCCACAGGGUGGCUUUGGCAUGCCCCCCAUGCCCCCCAUCGCAGCUCCUCUGCCAGGCGUGCCUCCGCUCCCCCUGCCACCUCUCCCUGUCGGAGUGUCUCCUCCACUCGUCUCUUCCGCCCCUCCUCCUCUACCCCCGCCCAUCGCCAACGGAGCUCCCCCCACAGGCAUAAUGCAGCCCAUCUCAGGCUUCUCCCACGCAGCUCCCUCUGUCAACAAGUCUUCUUCAUUUAAUCGUUCCAGUGCAAAGUUGCAGAAGGGGUCGUCCUUGGACGCUGCUAGUGCUCAGCCCCCCCCUGAUUGGGCCGUUCCUCAGUCCUCCAGGCUGAAGUACAGACAGCUUUUUAACUCCCAUGACAAGAUGAUGAGUGGACACCUCACAGGUCCCCAGGCUCGCACUAUCCUGAUGCAGUCCAGUCUUCCUCAGGGCCAGCUGGCCACAAUAUGGAGUUUAUCAGAUAUUGACCAGGAUGGAAAGCUGACCGCCGAGGAGUUUAUCUUAGCCAUGCACCUCAUAGAUAUGGCUAUGUCAGGGUUACCGCUACCCCCUGUGUUACCACCAGAUUACCUCCCGCCCACAUUUAGGCGUGUGCGAAGUGACAGUGUUCAGUCGGACCAGAAGAGCGUGCAGGAGGAGGCAGAGGAGGAGGCGGAGUGCAGCCAGGACAAGAAACUACCAGUGACAUUUGAGGAUAAGAAAAGGGAGAACUUUGAGCGAGGAAACCUGGAGUUGGAGAAGAGACGUCAGGCUCUGCAGGAGCAGCAGAGGAAAGAGCAGGAGAGGCUGGCUGCGCUGGAAAGAGAGGAACAGGAGAGAAAGGAGCGUGAGCGUCUGGAGCAGGAGAGGAGACGACAACACGAACUAGAAAAACAACUGGAGAGACAGAGAGAGCUGGAGAGGCAGAGGGAAGAGGAAAGGCGCAAAGAGAUAGAGAGGAGAGAGGCUGCUAAGCGAGAAUUAGAGCGUCAGCGUCAGCUGGAGUGGGAGCGUCAACGUCGCCAGGAGCUUCUGACUCAAAGAAACAGAGAGCAGGAGAGUAUAGUGCUGCUCAAAGCCAGGAAGAAGACCCUGGAGUUUGAACUGGAGGCUUUGAAUGAUAAGAAGACGCAGUUGGAGGGCAAACUGAAGGAUGUUCGGUUUCGUCUGUCAGCUCAGCGGAGAGAAGUGGAGCAGACCAACCAGACGAGAGAAACACGCAUUGCUGAAAUCACCCUGCUACAACAGCAGCUGCAGGACUCGCAGCAGUGGUUGGGGAGGCUAAUUCCUGAUAAACAAAGUCUCAAUGACCAGCUGAAACAGGUUCAACAGAACAGUCUACAUCGUGACAGCCUGUCGUCCCUGCAGAAGGCUGUGGAGCAAAAGGAGACCAGCAGACAGCAGCUCAGAGAACAGCUAGAUGCUGUGGAGAGAGAGACGAGGGCCAAACUUCUGGAAAUAGACGCUUUCAACACCCAGCUGAAGUCUCUGUGUGAGUUCUAUGCCAACCACUGUGCCAGGAUAGAAGCCCUGCGACGCCAGCUUCAGGAGGAACAGAGAGGGAGACAGGAACUGAGGGAGAUCCACAGUCGGCAGCAGAGGCAGAAACAGAGGGAGCUGGAAGGAGACGUACACACACUGACACACACACACCCUCACAUACACACCCCGAUUGAGAGGAAGUCUGCUGAACUGCAGGACAGCAGGUUGUCAUCAGAGGAGGGCGUGGCCUGGAGGGAUGAAGCAGUGAGCUCUGCCCCCAACGCUCCCAGCCCCCCCUCCAUCUCUGCACCCCAUGCCUGGCUAAACAGAGUGACUCAGGAAGAGGAGGACAGGAAGAGGAGAGGGCUGGAGGAUGAGGAGGAAGAGGGCAAGAAGGGAGCAGGAAUAGCAGAAGAGAAGGAGGAUGAGGGGAGAGGCAAGAAGGACAUGCAGGAGAAACUGAACAAGCUGUUCAGUCAGCCGACCGACCCCUGGGCCUCAACGGUAGAGAAGGCUCCAGUCCCCAGUCUGUUUGACCAGAAAGCACCAGUCAGCAGCUUCGACCAGCAGCAGCAGCCAGUGAAGGUGGUCUACUACAGGGCUCUAUAUCCAUUUGAUGCUCGCAGCCAUGAUGAGAUCAGUAUCGCCCCCGGAGACGUAAUCAUGGUGGAUGAGUCCCAAACAGGUGAACCCGGCUGGCUGGGAGGAGAGCUCAGGGGUCGCACUGGUUGGUUUCCAGCCAAUUACGCAGAACGGAUACCCGACAGCGAAGCACCGAUCAGCCUGCGCGCAACAGCCUCAGCCACACCCACCUCAGCCCAGCAGCCAAUGACCACGCCUCCCCCAGCACCUGGACACACCUCUUCCUCCACGUCCUCCGCCAACAGUAACUGGGCUGACUUCAGCACUAAUUGGCCCUCCAACACAGCCAGUCAGUCAGACAGUGAAGGAUGGGACGCAUGGCCAACCUCUUCAACCAGUCAAAAUCCUUCACUCAGUGUUCCCUCAGCACAGCUACGACAGCGCUCUGCCUUCACACCUGCGACCAUGACGACGGGGUCCUCUCCUUCUCCCGUGCUAGGACAGGGGGAGAAGGUCGAGGGUCUGCAGGCUCAGGCCUUGUAUCCAUGGAGAGCGAAGAAGGACAACCACCUCAACUUUAACAAAAAUGAGAUAAUAACAGUGUUGGAGCAGCAGGACAUGUGGUGGUUAGGUGAACUGCAGACCGGACAGAGAGGCUGGUUCCCCAAAAGUUACGUCAAGCUCAUCUCCGCCACCAUGACGCCCCCACCUGGUGCCACAGCACGCAGCAAAAACACUAGUGAAUCUGGAGUAUCAGAAAGUCCACCCAAUGGAAAACGUCCCUCCCCUUCCCCAACAAAACCCUCUGAGUCUGGAGAAGAGUACGUGGCCAUGUACACCUACGAGAGCAGUGAACAGGGUGACCUGAGUUUCCAGCAAGGAGAUAUCGUCAUGGUGACCAGGAAAGAAGGGGACUGGUGGACGGGCAUGGUCGGAGGCAAGACUGGAGUCUUCCCUUCCAAUUAUGUCAAACCACGAGACUCAGCCUCAGAGUCUUUGGGACCAGCGGGGAAGACGGGCAGUCUGGGAAAGAAACCAGAGAUCGCUCAGGUGAUCGCCCCCUACAGUGCCACAGGAGCAGAGCAGCUGACGUUAGCUCCAGGACAGCUCAUCCUCAUUAGAAAAAAGAAUCCCGGGGGCUGGUGGGAGGGUGAGCUCCAGGCCCGGGGGAAAAAGCGUCAGAUAGGUUGGUUUCCAGCCAACUAUGUGAAGCUGCUCAGUCCCAGCACCAGCAAGACAACGCCCACAGAGCCCACCCCUCCCAAACUGGCUCCUGCCAGCACAGCUGUGUGUCAGGUGAUCGGCAUGUACGACUAUGUGGCCCAGAACGACGACGAGCUGGCCUUCCUGAAGGGUCAGGUGAUCACGGUGCUCAACAAGGACGACUGUGAUUGGUGGAAGGGAGAGCUCAAUGGGAGAGAGGGUCUGUUUCCCAGCAACUACGUCAAACUCACCACGGAUACAGACCCGAGCACGCAGUGGUGCGCUGACCUCCACCUGCUGGACAUGCUGAGUCCCAUGGAGAGGAAGAGGCAGGGAUACAUCCACGAGCUGAUCGUCACCGAGGAGAACUACGUCAACGAUCUGCAGCUCGUCACAGAGAUCUUCCACAAACCUCUGUUGGAGUGCGAGCUGCUGACGGAGAAAGAGGUGGCCAUGAUCUUUGUCAACUGGAAGGAGCUCAUCAUGUGCAACAUCAAGCUGCUCAAGGCUCUGAGGGUGAGGAAGAAGAUGUCAGGCGAUCGGAUGCCGGUGAAGAUGAUUGGUGACAUCCUGACCAACCAGCUGCCUCACAUGCAGCCAUACAUCAGAUUCUGUUCGUGCCAGCUGAACGGAGCCACGCUGAUUCAGCAGAAAACCGACGACAACCCUGAGAUCAAAGACUUCCUGAAGAGGUUAGCCAUGGAUCCCAGGUGUAAGGGGAUGCCUCUGUCCAGCUUCCUGCUCAAACCCAUGCAGAGAGUCACACGCUACCCACUCAUUAUCAAGAACAUCUUAGAAAAUACUCCAGAGUCACAUCCAGACCACAGUCAUCUGAAAGCUGCUCUGGAGAAAGCAGAGGAGUUGUGCUCACAGGUGAACGAGGGCGUCAGAGAGAAGGAGAACUCAGAUCGUCUGGAGUGGAUUCAGGCUCACGUCCAGUGUGAAGGAUUGUCUGAGCAACUGGUGUUUAACUCCGUCACCAACUGUCUGGGUCCCAGGAAGUUCCUCCACAGUGGGAAGUUGUUUAAAGCCAAGAGCAGCAAGGAACUCUAUGGCUUCUUGUUCAAUGACUUCCUGCUGCUGACACAGGUGACCAAACCUCUGGGCUCGUCAGGCUCGGACAAAGUCUUCUCCUCGAAAACACACCUGCAGUACCGCAUGUACAAGACGCCAAUCUUUCUAAAUGAAGUGUUAGUGAAGCUGCCAACAGACCCAUCAGGAGAUGAACCUCUGUUCCACAUCUCUCACAUAGACAGAGUUUACACACUCAGAGCCGAGAGUAUCAAUGAAAGGACGGCGUGGGUUCAGAAAAUCAAGGCAGCUUCAGAGCUCUUCAUUGAGACGGAGAAGAAGAAGAGAGAGAAGGCGUAUUUAGUGCGUUCUCAGAGGGCUACAGGUAUCGGUAGACUGAUGGUCAACAUUGUGGAAGGCAUUGAGCUAAAACCCUGUCGUUCCCAUGGAAAAAGUAACCCAUACUGUGAGGUAACCAUGGGUUCACAGUGCCAUAUCACAAAAACAUUACAGGACACAUUAAAUCCGAAGUGGAACUCCAAUUGUCAGUUUUUUAUAAAGGACCUGGAACAGGACGUCCUCUGUGUCACUGUGUUUGAACGAGACCAGUUCUCACCUGACGACUUCCUGGGCAGGACAGAGAUCCGGUUGGCUGAAAUAAAGAAGGACCAGGGCUCCAAAGGACCAAUCACGAAGCGGUUGCUACUCCAUGAGGUUCCCACGGGAGAGAUCGUUGUCAGGCUGGACCUCCAGCUGUUUGAGGAACCGUAAAAUACCUGGACAGGAUCAUACUGGACUGGACUGGACCGGACAGGAACCAAAAGAUAUGAUGUGGACCUCACAGCUGGGCUGGAUUAGACUGGACUGGAAGACUGGAUUCUCUUAGUUUGGUCUGGUUCAGUUUUUUCCAGGCUGUGUAUGUUUAAGGAGAUUGGCACAUUUAGCUGAGGGAAAGUAUCAGUGUACACACUUUACUUUUUAAAUUGAAAGGAAAAACAAACAAAUAUUUAGUUAAUUAGAAACAGCAAGGGCACUGGGUCCUGCUUUAUUACACCAACUUGGAGCACUGUUCUGUGUCACAAUUGAGUUGUAACUCUUGAUUGCUUUAGUGUAUAUUGUGCAUUUCAUCAAUUUACCACAAAUUUACUGAUAAACGGAUAAUCUUGGCUGGUUGGUCUCUGUGGGACCCCCAACAGGUUGAUCCAGCCUUGAGAGUGCGUCACAAUAAUUUGUGAAAAGAACAAAAUAUUUCAGCUAGCCUCGCUGCUGCGUUUGAUUAUUUAAUUAGACUGGUUUUGUGGAAAUCUUAAUCAUCUUAUUUGCAAAGUAUCACAGGCAUUUAAAACAAUGCUGCAGUCUGAAUGCAGACAGCAUGGGGCAAUGGGACAAAUUGUCCUUUUUAAGUACAAUACUAUUAAAAAAUCCUUGCAGCUUUAGUGGUUUUGCACCACAUUUGUUUGAGUCGAGACAGUAAGUAAAGAGCUUAUUAUCUCAAUUUCAGACUACAUAUCAGCUUUCUGAAAUCAGUAUUGUACCUAGAACUGGAGGUCUGCAGUUUCUUCACAUCUUAAAUGUCUUAAGUACAUCUGUCCGUCCUAAAUUUAGUCAAACUGGUCUCAAAAAUGUAGCUGUUUUCUAGUUAGAAAUUGUACCAGUUAAGCACUGUACUGUGACAGAAGAACAAGCUGUUCUCAUAAUGGACUCCACGGAAAAUCCAAGUGUCUGUUUUUAUUCCAGUCCAGUCCAAUCUCCAUCUGUCCUCCUUCAGUCUGGUCCAGUCCAGUAUUUAGUCCAAUCUGGUUCACUUUGAUUUUAAUCCAGUCCAGUCCUCUUGGAGAUCGGCCGGGUCUUUACAGUUUUCUCUUCCACCGCUUCAUCAGACAGUCUGACAGACACUCCAGUGACAAUCCCAGCCCUCCUUCUGAGUCCCAACAAACCCCUGUGUGUGUUUGUGUGUGCGAGCGUGUGUCCAUGAGUGAGUGUGUGAGCGACAGACGGCUGGUGUGAAUGACUGUGUGAGUGUCAAGGUGGACAGGCUAAUUAAAGGUACGGCUCAUUGUACAUUUUUAUUUUGUUAUUUUUUAUGUCAAGUCUUACAUCUCUGUCAGAGUGUUUUGAUCAUCUCCUCAGGCUCUCAGCUGCGAGGGGACUGCAUGUAAAGGGACCUUGCUAUUUUGAAUUCUAGUCUGUUUUGACCUUCACUGAACACUUGCCACGUUAUCACAGAAAAAGCUAAAUAUGUACAGGUUUAAUGAGAAAUGCUAAUGAUGCUAAUAAGCUGAAAUUUAUAGAAAGAUUUUACCCCAUUAUAUGACAAGUGUCCAGUGUAAAUUAUAUCAAGAUGUCCCUUUCACAUGUAUCAGUUAUGACGAUGCUGAUGAUAAUAUGGCUGAAUGAGAGGCACACAGGGAACAGGUGCGACAGCUAAUUUAAGUUGAGGUACUGUAAAGAAGAAUGUCUUAAUUUCCUUGUUUCUGUGAUGCACACGGGGGUCGUAGUUUUAGGUGAUUCUUGUCAAACCUCUGUUGUUAUGUUGCUGCUGUGUGGAGCUGUCACAGUGGCCGUCACUAUGCAGGGGAGGACAAACCCUGAAAGAGUCGCGGGGCCCAGAGCUGGAUAGGGGCCCCAAGAACAUGCUAGGUACUACAGACACGUAUUUUAUAGGUACAGCCUUUUAGACCAUUUCCACACUCUGACCCUGAGGAAGCUCAGUGUAAAACAAAAUAAUUUUACUGUGCGUCGGCACUCCCAGCACUUUUAAAACACAAACACUGUUGCGGAUAUUAGAGCAGAGCAGGAUACGACUGACCAAUGUUGCACAGUGGCCAUUUUGAAUAGUCAAAGAAGGAAACUAGAUAAAACUUAACAUAUAAAAUUGUUCAUGAAUAUACUGUAUGUUUCUUUUAUUUAAUGGCUCAGUAGUCUAAGCACUGUACUUGUAAGCAAACAUUACGCAAAUAAAGGGAAGUAGUGCAUUUGUUGGGGACUAUUUUCAGCAGCAGAUUGAUUCACCUUUGGUGCUCUAGUGAGUAUUUGGGGCAGGCGGUGUAUGACUGUUUACACUUGGUUUUAAAAUGUGUCUUGGGCAAUCAGAUCACAAGUGCACAGUGCGGGAUGCAACUGUAAACCGCAGACUGUAAAAAUUUUGGACGUAGCUACCAUUACAUCACCAAUUGGUUUAUGGACUCCCGAUUUGAAGCUUCAAGUUCGGCAUUACAGAUGUCACCAAUUUGUUUUUUUGGAGCCAGAAGUGACCACAUUUAGGCAAGAAGCUGGGGCAGUGGUGGAGCGAGGGAUGGCGCCCUGAGCAGCUGCUCAGUUUGCUUAUGCGCCAGGCCAGCUCUGUCGGCAGGAUUGAAAUCUGCACACAAGUGGAGAUGCUUGAAAAAGACACAGAUGUGAACAGCGAUGUGUGACUGUUGUCCAGGUGUGUUCAGAUAAUAGACACACAUUUUAAAACCGAGUGUAAACAGGGUGUAUGCUGAAUUGAGUCAAAAUAAACCACAGUGUGUGUUCAUGGUAAUGAAGGAGUAUGUCACAGAGUGGUCAUCGAGUUUCUGGACAACAGUGGAUAGAAAUAAGAUAUAUACACAGACAUAUUAGUAGAAUCAAGAAAAAAUAGCACAUCAUCGGCCUCAUCCUUUAAAGCUUUUUUAUUUUUGCUUUAGUACAUUAAACUUAAGAUAACCAAUUAUGAGAAUAGAAGCUAUAAUGGCUGCUUAAAAGCAGCAAGGACAUUGGCUAGCUAGAGAGCUAUUUGAAAAAAACUUCUGGUGCCUUUACAUGGGGCUGUGUCAGCUUGUUCAUGAGAAGGUGCCAAAUAAAAGGCUGCACAAGUUGUGAUAAAAGCUGACAUGUCUUUAAAAAAAAUAGUGUAGUGGAAUUGUCACCUGUCAUUUUCUUGUUCUUUUACAAAAGGACAGCAAAGAUGAGGCAUCAACAAAUUUAACCUCUUAAUUUUGAAGCAUAUCAUUCACUUGAUUUCCUUUGAUGAAAACACAAACUCAGGAGUUACUUUGAAGGCAGCGUUAAUCUUUCCCACCAUGAGUAUUCAAAAUGGCCGCUGCAUUAGAUAACAUUGCCAGUGCAUUCGUUAAGCAGAGCUGUAGUUCGUUAGUUAGCUAGCUACUUGGCCAGUUAGUGAACUUAGUUAGUCAUUUCAAUUGUAUGCCAAGGUUACUGAAUUACCACUGAGACAACCAAUAGUUACCUUAGUGACCAGCCACUGUCCAAUCAGAAGUCAGCGAGGCUCAGCCAGUGGCAGCAGCUCGACUGUGGAGGAAGAAUGUUUGUGUUUCCCCAGACUGAUGAUGAUGAUGAUGAUGAUGAUUAGGAAUGAUGAUGAAUUUGUCUUACAUCCCCGUCAACCCCCUCCCCUUCCUCCUCUCCACACUGUACUGAAACUAAUCCAGUUUGAACCCGUUCUUACUGUCGACCUUCCAGGUUGUGUAUAAUACUACUGCUAUCUGAGAGUUAAUAUAUGAGUGCUACGGGGGGCGAUAGAGACAGCCUGCUGUUAAUUAUCACUGUAGAAGAUGAUGUACGUUGUUGUCUUUCAAUGUUCAGAAUAAACUUCAGUUGGACCAAGA